GGCGCCACAACUCUUGGGUUCUGCAGUGUACCCCAGCAGCGGCUCGCGCCGAGCGUCCGAGCGUGUAACUGGCUCCGCCCCUUCCGUCCGAGCAGUUUUGCUGCGAAAGGGUCUGGUCAGCCCUACCGCGCUUCGGUGUGGCGCCGGUUGCCAUGUCUGAGUUGCUGCGCCCAAGAAGCGUCGACGAGUGGUUCGCUCUGGUCCCGAACCUCCUCUUGGAUGCAGGCUGGACCCAUGAACAGGAUAUGCUUUCUGGCAGCUGCUCACAUAUGCUUUGCCCCUGGGGGGGGGCACUUGGUGAAGCUGAUGCUGAUUGACAUUCCGGUCUUCGAUCCGCCUGCGAAGAAGAGCUACCAUCUAGUGAGACCGGAGGUGCAACAUGGGCCACGCGAACGCCUCACACUGGUGGCCCCUGGCGAGGUCUUGCUCCAACGCACGGCAUCUUGGGGGAUCCACAGCAGUGUCCUUUUUGACACCGGCUUGUUGUUUGGCGGCGGAAGACCGUUGCUCACGCACCAGCGCUUUCGCCGUGACUUUCCUUUUCCUGGCGACGCUGGCUAUGCGGUUUACAACGAGGGAGAUGAUCCGGAGGAAGGGAUUUUGAUGUGCUGCACACAAGGAGACGAUCGCAAUGUGCACCUCGUGAAAGUCUUCCACGUUCCAGAUGAGAACUUCUGGUCCUGGAGCCAAAUCCACUUCCAGCUGCUGCUGGAGUCUGCGCAGCGCGCCGCGCAGUUGAUUCUCAAUGGACCCGGCUUGAAGGAGUUGAGGGCCAUUGACGAGCAACUAUACUUGGUCCUCACGAUUCAGAGCUGCAAGCGCGGCUUGCCUCUCUUCCCCGUUGUUCACGACCAGAUGGCGCCCACCGUUUGCAUCGCCGCUGGAGUGCCCAUGGGACUGCACCGCUGGCGGCGCUUCAGCCCGGACGAGGUGGGGAGCGAGAAGUUCCGCUUGGCGCAAUAUCUGCGCAUCUUUUUGGCGAACUUGGGCGAAUCCAUCGAGGUCUUCGAAGUCAUGGAUGGCCGUCCCUUGGUGCCCUACCAAUGCGCAGUGACGCGAAGUGCCUACGCUCGCCUUCGUGAGCGUUUCAUUGGAUGUUUCCUGCUGCAAAAGACCGCCUAUCGACGGGCCAAUGGCGGAUCGACAGCUCCCAGCCUCCAUGAAGACGUGGAACCCCGCUUCCUCCGCAACCAGAUGUGUCCCGAGGCGCCCAGCUUCGCGCCCGCAAGGACUCGGACCGGGCAUCGCGUGGUGGUGCGCCGGACCUUCCUGGAAGUGCCAGUGGACCCGCAUUCGCAGAGCGAUGCUGACGACUCGGACGAGGAUGUGUUGGUGCACGUGCGCUCGCGGCGCCGGCCGAAGACGACAACCGUCUUGCCGGAGUCGCAGCCCAUGGUUGUCUAGCUGCACCACCGUUCUUUACCACUUCCAACGCCUUUCCGCCCAAUUCGCAUCAGCCACAGAGAGUGCACAGCUGCCUGACCAUGCCCGACAAACGAUUUUGUUUUGGUUUGCCGGGGUGAAGAAUGCGGCCUCUGCAUGCUGAUGCGGCCGAAAUACCAUGGUGAGAUCCGGCCUGCCACCAAGAGUGUGGCAAAUAUCUUUUGUGGGAAGUGGUUUGUUUCUGACCUGGUAGCUGGUAACGCUGAGAACGUUGAGAGGGAACCAACCGAACUUUUUAUUUCAAUGCCCUUUGAUAGAAAUUUGCGUUGCCAGCUGCCCGUCUGAUUGGCCGACGUGGCGGACUAUACUGUCAAUGGCUAGUCCAUUGCGGUCAGGAACAACCCAAUGGCCCCUUCAAACGAUGGCGCAUGGUGCUCUGCUUUUGGCUCCACGAAAUGAAAACAUUGCU